CUCAUAGGUCAUCGCCACAGCAUCCAGUGUGCAUCAAUUAAUACCAACAUGCCGUUAUGCAUAUUCUUGCUUGGAACACUCGGUCUACUAUAGUGUCAGACGGUCCUCACCCCCAGGAUCCUUCCGCAUCUCCGGCGCAUUCCUAGGCUCACGAUAUACCCGUUGUCUCUUGUGCCUCUAUCCUACAGUCUCUUCUACGAACCAUUUUGCUGUGUAUACAUUAUCCUCCCAGGAAGCAAUUCACUCACUACCUCUAUCAACUUAAGAUGAUGAUGUUUCAAAAUACAACCUCAAAAUCACCAGUGGAAGACAGCAGCGGAGAAUAUAUCCGACUCCCUAUUGGCCAAGCCUUUGACACCGCUGACCUCCACGAGCUCCUGAAGUCAAACGAGCUUCUUUCACGUAAAGAAAGAAAGCUCCGCUUCUCAUUAUCAGGCAUUAUUAUGCUCUCCAUAAUUCUACUUGUUGCACUGUAUACUCAACGCCCGAGUGAUUUGCAAUGUGCGAAACAGCUGUCGUCUUGGUCCAACAUGUGGGAUGCAGUCGAGUUCUAUGAAGGCGAUUUCGAUAACGCUUUCGCUCAUCCGAGCAUCUAUCGAGGCCCACCCACCCCAGAACGAGAGUACGCAUGGGAUAGAUUAUGGAACUACGGCACGAUUGCAGUCAGCGCCGAAGGCAUCGCCGCCUUGAACAAAACCCAUCGUGGGCCCCACGUCACCAUUAAGAGUGAUGCUGAUGACGAGGAGCCAAAGUACGGGGCUCUAGUGGAGGUCUUCCAUCAACUACACUGUCUGAACUUGAUCCGCCAAUAUACCUGGCUCUCCCAUUACAACAUUAACGACACCUCAUUAAUUUACCCGUACAGUCUCCAUGAGCCAGUCGAGGCUAGGAUGCACGUUGAUCACUGUUUCGAGUCGCUGAGGCUGAGCUUGAUGUGCUAUGCCGAUGUGACACCGGUGCUUGUGGAAAUAGAUGAAACCAUUAAAUUGGGACGUCGCGCAGACUUCAGCGUGCACCAUAAAUGCCGGGACUUUGACAAGGUUACGGAGUGGAUGGUGGAUCAUGCCAAACACUUGAAUGUUGAUGAUUCGCAAUAUCAGCCGGAGAAAAACUGGAAGGAUGUCCUGAAGAAUGGAGGAGGUCAUGAGGGUCACUUUUAGAGAUGGAAAGGGGAAUCGGCUCUGUGUAUGUAGUAAUCAUAUAACGCUCAGCCUGAAUGAAUUUG